AUGCCUCCUAAAAGGAAAGGAAAGGGCGGUAAUAAGCGAGCUAGUAUCACCGUCGACCAGCCCACUGCCGACCUUUCCAAGGUGCUGACCGACUUCGUGUCGUCGGGGAGCAACUCGACCUUUACCUGCGGUGGCGCUAUCCCCCUGGCCGACAUGGCCGCCGCUCGCUUGCCGGGUGGAAGGGCAGCUGCAGCGUCGCCGCCCCGCGUCGACGAAGACCGUCCGGUGGACAAGAAGCGUAAGGCGGCGGGCGGUAAGAGGGCAGGCGGCAAGAAGCGCAAGAUGGCGAAGGGUAAGGCGGAAGUAGCCGAGCCAGAGGCCGCCAGCACCGAGCAGGUCCUUGAGCCUCAGCCCGGCGCGAUCUUGGUCCGCUGGGACCGCACCGACGGC